CCACCAGACCCCCUCAUCUCGGCGCCGCGCCCGCUCGACUUCAGCCUGCCGCACAGCUGCCCCACACAUCUGCUCCGCAUGGCCUCUCCGCCGCCGCCCUGGGCCAACUCGCAGCCGCUGGUGGAGCCAUACGCCGCGGCCGCCGCGCCAUGGCUCACCCACGGCACGCCGGCGCCGGGCAGCAGUCCAGCACCGACGUCCGACAUGCCGCCGCCGUCGGCGGCGCCCUCGCCGCAGGUGGCCUCUGCCGCGUCGGACGGCAAGCCGAAGAAGCCGCGCAAGCCGCGCCCCAAGAAGGACCCCGCUGCGGGCGCGGGUGCGGGUGCGAAUGCGCGCGCAGGCAGUAGCACGGCUACGCCGGCGCCGGGCGCGCUGGCAGAUGCCGCUGCCGCUGCGGGCGACGAGGGCGCGUCCGGCGGGCGCAAGCCCAAGAAGAAGGCGACGAAGAAGGCGGCCAGCCGCGCAGGCAGCGUCUCGACUCGCGCAGGCAGCGUGGCGCGCGCGACGCCGGCAGCGGCGGUGGGAGAGGGCGAUGCAAGGCACGAGGGCGAGGGCACGCCUGCGCCGCCGACGACGGCGGCGGGACAGCAGCUCGAGGCGGAGCAAAGGCAGCGGCAGCAGCGCGGCACGGUCGAGGAAAGCAGCGACGACGAGGAGGAGGACGAGGAGGACGAGGGCGCACUGGAUGCGCAGGACCUCGAGAGCAUCGAGCGCAGCCACGAGCGCAAGAAGGGCGAGAUUGGCGCUCUCAUGCAGCUCAUGUCGCCGGCGCAGUACGACCGGCACGAGGCGUUCCAGCGCACUGGUCUGAGCAAGCCAGAUGUGCGGCGACUCGUCAACCACGUCCUGUCCCAGUCCAUCACGCCCCAGCUCUCUACGCUCUUCGCCGCAGCAGGCAAGGUCUUCAUCGGCGAGAUGGUCGAGGAGGCUCGCCGUGUAGCCGCGGCGCAGGGACACGUGGGUGCACUGCAGCCCUCGCAUCUGGCAGCUGCCUUUGCGGCGCACAAGGAGCGCCUGGAGCGCCCCGGCGCACAGGCUCCGGGCGCCGUGGCCAAGGGCGGCGCGCCGGGCACUGGCAAGCGACGACGCAUGUUCUGAGCCAGCGCGCACGAGACACGGCCGACCAAUGAUAUCCCUUCUGCAUCGUGU